UCAAUUUUAAAAAUCUGGAUUAUUUCAUUAUAAUGGAGUCUAUGGGAGAGAGACUGUAAUUCUGAGCUUUCUUGAUAAUGGGUUUCCGGAUAACGGAUCCCAUACCUGUAUAAGAAUCAGUAAUUCCCUAUCUAAAUGAUUGCUGCUUAUGACUGGUUGGUGUUAGGACAAUGGCUCACAGGUUGUGGUGCUUUGACAGUUAGUUUUAAGUGGCAGAAUAAAUUUGUGAAAAAACCUCUCAUUUUGCUUGCGGUGGAGACUGUAUAUUGAAGUAAGAGUUUCGCAUAAAUAGAAAGUAAGAUCAUGUUGCACAGUUUCUUUGUUCUUAUCUUGACAAACGGAAGGUUUUCAGAGGAGCUUCUAGUCAAGAUGCGGGGUUAUCUGACUUGUUGGCAGCAGGCUUGGUCCCAGGAAACAGCAGCAAGCUGCAGAAAGAAGUGCAUCAUCCUGGGGCCAUCAGUGGGGGAGAUCACAUGUGGAUAAGAGUCACAAGCCCCCUCUCAAUUAAAUGAAUCACAUGAAUGCCAGAGGUACAUCCAAUUCCCAUAUGCUUACAUCCAAAUUAGAAUAACAGGAAAAAUUGGCCACUUGCAUGUGAGAAUUUAACUGAAUUCACCUAAACUGUUUAACACUGGCUUUAAUGAGAGCCAUUGAGAUGGGCUUGUGUCAUUAUCACUGUAUGUUUUAGGUGGAGAAACCAGGCAGUCAAAAUAAGAAAGAACUGCAUUUGCAAUUGGUCUUAUUAAAAAAGAGAAUAUUUCUAAAGCAGCCCCACCUAUACUGUAAAUAUAUAAUGCUCUCUAAGAUUUAAUAUCUCAUGAGUAUACAUGUGGUCUGCAAAAUUCUGGUCUUGAUUAUCGAAACAAAUACAAUGUUCUGGUGAUUUAUAAAUAAAUGAAUGUGGUUCUUAAGGUACAUAGAGAGAAAUUCAGAAAGUCAGAGCUCACCAAUCAAAUUACAGGAGUCAACGUGUUACAGUGUCCAGUUACUGGACAGUUUUGGUUUUUUUCCAGCUAAAGGCUGCAGUAUUAGUGGCUCUACAGCUUCUGUCUGUCUGUCUACACUGUCAUACUGCAGGCCUUCUGGGAUUUACAGGAUAAGGAGUAUUCAGGCAGAACAAUUUUUGUUUUCCUUUUUCUGUUUCUACAGGGUGAAGGAGGGUCAGGACUUUUUGUGGAUUUGAAGAACAUUCUUAAAUUAGAUAAGGAACAUAUUUUUAAUCUGUAUUCUGAGAGCUUUCUCAGAUAACUGCCAGCUAGAUAAGUCUCAUUAGCAUUAAUGUUAUUUCUGGAAUGUUGCCCAGUUAAAAGCCACACAGGGGUAGAUAUGAGAUAUGUCAUCAUGUAUGGAUGAUGACAUUGCACCACAAAAGCCAUUAAUAUGGGACAACCAUAGCCUAAAAUUUUAGACUGAGGGUAAAAUUGUGGUUUGCAGAUUGUUAUUAUUCAUUUUGCAAGUGUAGACACUGCACUGCUUAACUAGUCCUUGAACAGAGAAAAGUAUCAGUAAGUGCACUGGCUUGUGAUCACCACAAAUUGUAUCUUCUCACUUCACACUGAUGUCACCUGAAAGUUCCUACCAGUGCAGGCUUACUACCUGCUUGUGGGACUACACUAACAGUAAAUACACCCUGCCGCCUCUUCUAAAGUCCUGAACCAGCGUAGUCCUGAAGAGCCGAAAAGCCAAUGUCCCAAAGCUGUAAAAAGACCCAAAGUCAUGAAAAGAGCCGAACUUGAAGUCCCGAAGCCGCUAGAAGACCUAAAGUCACAGAAAGCCGAAGUUGAAGUCCUGAAGACACCAAUUCAGUUCUACUGAACACCAAUGUGUGUGUCUGCCACCAAUGCAGGGGUGUCUAAACUUUUUGCAACAAGGGCCAGAUUUGGUCAGGUGAAAAUGUGUGGGGGCCGACCAUUCAGCCUGACAUUCUGUGAACCAUUAACAUUAUUUAACUCAUUUAAACAAGUUAUCGCGUAGCUGUAGCAGUAAUAUUUGGGCCCAUUAGUGAAAUGAUCUGCCAUUUGGUCUGUACUGCUGCCUGUGAACUGAAGGUGUUAGUAAUAGACUUAUACUGGCACGGAGUGACGCGCUGCUCUCUUUAGUUUACUGUACAGGCACAUCAGAACGUCUAUUUACACCUUCAGCCCUUAAAAAGUAUGCGAGAUCAGUGCGUCACUACAUGCCAGUACGUGUCUAUUGCCAAUACCUUCAGUACACAGUCAGCAGUAUCAGGGCCGAGGCGGCGCUCGUGUGCACAUGCACAAGAAAGAUGUGGUUUUUCGUCUUCUUGCGCUCCUGCGCAUCCGUGAAUAGCCGCAAGAAGACGGAAAAAACACAGAGUCAGGCACUGGUCUGGGGGUAGGUGACAGAGGAGGUACAUGCCUGGCGCCCCCCCCCAGCUUUGCGCCCUGGGCACGUGCCUACUCUGCCUACCCCUAGGUCCAGCCCUGAGCAGUAUAGACCCAAUGGAAGAUCAUUUCCGCGCGGUAGGCGAUAAUUACCGACAGCGCCCUAGAGGGAACCAUUGGAUGGGACCGCCAGCUCCCCAAAGGUAUAAUCGGCAGAGCUACCGUCCGCCAUUGGAGGCUGCACAAACAGAAAUGCAGGCUUCCAGCAGCAGCGAUGAUUACAGCUUGUCUCCAGCCGGCCAGCCUUUUUUAGAAGUGGAUACCAGGGAGCAGCGCUACCCACCAAAACGCCAGUACAGAAACCCACGAGCACCAAUACCAAGGGAACGAUACCCGCAACGAACCCACCAGAAAGUGAGGUACUAGACUUGUGUAUUAAUAUAUCCUCACAUACUUUGACUGCUGUGGAAACUUCACUACUAAACAAAGGUCUGGGUUAUAUACCAUAUUAUGAGAAUAACGUGCAUGACUGGGAAAUAGAUUUUUUGAAAUUUGUUAGGAGAUUGAAAUUGAAAAUGUAUUUUUGUGAUUAUCCAAAUACUGAUUCCGCUAUAUCUUUUCACCCUAGCCAAUUAAAAAAACCCAGCGCAUUUAAUCCUCUAAUUGAUAAUGCAGCCAUCUCUACUUUUGAGAAUGUAAUACGUAAGGAGGUCCAAAAAAUAUGGGAUGUAAGGGGUAAUCCAAAGUAUUUACACAAUCUGUCUGUAAAGGAAAAGGAGGCUCUACAUACUUUAACUAAUAAUUCAGCAAUUAUAAUUAGACCAGCUGAUAAAGGGGGUGCUAUAGUCAUAAUGAACACUUCCCAGUAUAUGGAAGAGGCCAAUAGACAACUGUCCAUACCUGAACAUUAUGAGUUAAUAUCUAAUGACCCCAUUUGGGCAAUCAAAAGGGAGGUGGAUGGUCUGGUUACGGAAGCAUGGGAACAAGGUGUGAUUAAUACAUCAACUAAGGAUUUCCUUAUUACAGAACACCCCCGUACACCAAUUUUACAUCUGUUACCCAAAAUCCAUAAAUCCCUGGCUAACCCACCAGGGCGCCCCAUUAUUUCUGGGAUUGGAUCGGUUCUGGAACCCUUGUCUAAAUUAGUGGACCAAUAUCUUCAACCUAUUGUACGUGGCAUACCCACAUGCAUUUUGGACACUAAUGAUUUACUUAGACAAGUUCAGGACAUAUCCCUCCCUAAUACCGGUUUACGUCUUUGCAGUAUAGACAUACAGAGUCUGUAUACUGCCAUUCCCCAGAAUGAAGGCCUCCAGUAUAUAGAAGAAUCACUUCUAGAAACAAAUAUCGACCAUCAUCUAAUCUAUUUUCUAUUGGAUUGCCUGACCUUAGUAUUACAUAAAAACUACUUUAGGUUUGACGAGAAAUUCUACUGGCAACGCCAGGGUACGUCGAUGGGGGCAUCGGUGGCACCAUCCUUUGCAAAUAUUUUUGUCCACCACUUGGAACAAAAAAUCUUUUUGAAUGGUCCGUACAGUAAAUAUAUUUUUAAAUACUGGCGGUAUGUGGACGAUAUUUUGAUACUUUGGCAAGGUACUGAACAAGUAUUUACAGAUAUGCUGACUAUGGCUAAUUCGUUCCAUCUCACUAUAAAAUUCACUGGUGAAUUCUCUGACACAUCUCUAAAUUUUUUAGAUGUUAGAUUGAGCAUUUGUGACAGUAAAAUUUACACUGAAAUGUACUCUAAACCUACAGAUCGUAAUACACUACUACUCCAUUCCAGUUAUCAUAAUCCACAUACAUUGGGUGCCAUACCAAAAAGCCAGUAUAUACGUGCACGACGCAUAGCAACCACUGACGUACAGUACAAACGGGCUGCAGACACCCUUACCCACAAAUUAUCUGAACGAGGGUACCCUUUGGUAAAAUUAAAAUCGAUACAAAAAGAAAUUAGUAAAAUUAAUCGACAGGAUCUUUUGAAAGGGUCCGUUUCUAAACAGCAGAACAUAGAUAGAAUUCCCUUUGUAUCAAAAUAUGGGAGACAAAGUAAAAAAAUUGAACAAAUCAUCAAGAAAUACUGGCCUAUUCUGCAACAGGAUGCGAAAUAUGGGUCUGCCUUUAAACAAAAUCCUAUCUUUAGUUACACUAGAGGUCGUAAUCUUAGAGACUCUUUAUGUCCUUCGGACAUUAUACACCAUAAAAGACAAACAACAUUUUGGGGACCACCAAAAAGAGGCACAUUUGCAUGUUUAAACUGCAUAUGUUGCUCGUCGAUUAUUAAAGGUGAAUCAGUGAAUCAUCCCACUAGAGGUAACAUUAUAAACCUAAGAGAUUUUUCUACCUGUGACACUAAGAACGUAAUCUACAUGCUAAAAUGCCCCUGUGGUUUGGCCUAUAUAGGCCAAACAAGUAGAGCAGUAAAAGAACGAAUUAAAGAGCACAGGGGUAAUAUUAGAAAUUUUAAAUCAGGUACCCAAUCAGACACCCCAGUAUCUAGGCACUUUGCGUCUCAUGGUCACAACCAAAUGCAAUUAAGGUGGCUUGUAUUGGAAAAUGUUAAGUUACCCAAAAGAGGGGGUAAUAUUCAGAAAAUGCUCCUUCAACAUGAAGCUCGAUGGAUUAAAAAACUCAACACAAUGUCACCCAUGGGCCUUAAUGACCAUUGGAGCUUAAUAUCCUUUUUAUAAUUCGCCUUAUGAUAACACAAUUUUUUAAUCUUUUUACAGAUUUUGAAAAUCAAAUUUUCGCUUCUAAAGGGUAAGAUUAUACUUCUUUCGAAAUGCAUAUUUCAGCAGGGAAAGCUUAAUAUAUAUAUGUUUGUGGUGCAAUAUGUGUCCUGAGCAGAAGUAGGCCUAUUCGAGGCAGUGCUUUCGCUUUGUAUCAAGUUUUCUAAUGUUUUUAACUUGUUUAUUUAUAUAUGUGGUUAUGAUACAUAUUAAAAUUUUUAAGACACAUGAAUUAUUAUUAACACUUAUUUAACAGUCUUUUUUAAUCUUCCAGGCUUUGAAAAUGGGAAAUCCUGCACUUUGUUUUAUAUGAUUGUCACAACAUGAACUUUUGAUAUAUUACAUAUAUCCACAUAUGGGAUCGUUUAAUGUUUACUAAUUAAUUUAUCAGGUGGGGGGUGUGGUUACACUCACCUCUGUGUGGUCUAUAUAAAUCGUUUUGUAAUUCACUUGUAUUCACACUUGAAAAAGGACAUAUGCUGUCCGAAACAUGUUGUGUGGAAAAUAAAAGAGCAUAUCAGCAGUAAUUCUGCUUCAGCGUCCUGUCUGUUCUCAACUUUGGUGAAGUUGCAUUACUAAAUUUUGGUGCUAGGACGGAGCGCCAGUGAGACAGUUACAGGACUGGCGAUACUCUCCACCUUGUAUAUAUCUACCAUUGUGGAAGAUCAUUUCACUAAUGUGCCCAAAAAUUACUGCUAUGGAGACGCGAUUCCUAUGCUGGCGGGCCACAUGAUUAUUAAUUUCAUGAUGGAGGCUGAGGGCCGGUGUAAAUUUGAAAAGGGGCCGCGAUUGGCCUCUGGGCCUGACUUUGGACAUGCUUGCACCAAUGUAUUAUUUUAAUAAUCUAUAAGCCCCUGCCACCAAUGCUUUUUUUUAAAAAUAUUCUCUUGGGCAGUGAUGGGCAGGAUAAUGUAAAGAAGGGGUUCCAUUACAGAUUUGCUGGAGUGAGAGAAGUGGUGCCUGUCAACGAGGAACUGUGGGAGAAACUGCAGGCAGCACAGUGGGAUUGUUAAUGGGAGCUUGUCUCUUCAGUGCUCAUUAGUAUGUAACUUUAUAAUUAUGAGUUUACUGCCAGAGCUGUGUUUAGAGAUAGUGCAAGCUGUGAUCCUACCAAAAUAUACUGAAACUUCUCUUCCUCACUCCACCUGAUGUUUCUGUUUGCCAAGAAGUGAUAAUAUUUAUAUUACGAGAUAAUUAUAUUUAACAAGGCAAGGCAAGUAUCCUUUACACUUUUAAAUAAACAUUUAACAUUUGUACCUGUUACAAAAAAAAACCACAUUAUAAUACGUUUCGCUUGGAACAAUGUUUUCAUCUAAUGCUUGACAGCUGCUUUGGUUGCCUAUUAAAUUACUUAAUGCAUUUUUUUUUAAAGAAGAAAUAGCUGUUUAAUGUAUUUAUGUAUUGCAGUAGGGCGAAAACAGGGUCAUAGAUGAAGUUAAUGGAGUCAUAAAUAUAGGAAAUGAAAUGAUAUUGCUCAAACUGUUUGCAGUCUAAAUGCACAAAUGUCCCCCAGGCACAAGCCUCUUUUUGGCAUGAUAUAAUGAAAUAUUGCCUCUGAUUAUUAUGCUGUGAGAAGAUGCCCCCCAAAUCUUAACAGAUAUAUCAAACCUGUGGCUAUUAUCUAAUAUUAUUACAUAAAAAUCUCCCUUUGAUAUCUAGUUGUACAUCCAUCUAUCAAGAUUUAAAUGUAAAAAUAAUAUUACUCAUUCAUAUUGUAUAACUGGAAGCUGCAAGGUGCAAUAAAUCUAUAACUUCUCUAACGGAGAUAAAUGACCCCAGUACAUUACAAAUCUGCCUCAAAUAAUUGAUAGCAUGUUUUUAGAAGUCAUUACACACACUCCAGUUCCAUAGCAACAUGCAUGUGGAAGAGUUGUGCAGAUUCUGCCACUGACAGAUGGAGAUCUGUCUUAGAGCAUCUGUUGCUUAUGAUGACAAUCCAGGAGCACUAGAAACAUUUAGCUUCAGGAGACAUAUGGACAGAAGUGUUGAGUGCCAAGCAAACUCCCCCAUUAUUUAUGGCAUUCAGAGAAAAAUGCAAGUUGCUAUAACAGCAUUUGCUGUUAGCAUCCAAUAUAAAAUACCAGUUUCUGUGGUGUAGUCAGAAGUUAAAGGUCUCUCACAUAAAGGGGGUUAUUUAUCAAAAUCCAAAUUUUUCUGACGUUUUAAAUAACAAACUAGAAUUCACGAUUUACCCGUUUUUAUUAUUAAAAAAACAUGAAAAUUACAAAAAAAACAACUUUUUUGGAAAGUUGAAUGAAAACCGCGGAUUGUCGUGCGGAAUAUCUGAAUUUCUACUGUAUGUACAUACAUUCCUUAAAAAAAGCACCUUCUUAACAGCAGAAAGUUAUACUGAAGUACCUGUUUUUUUUCGUCAGAGCCUUAACUAUUGAUGAUCAGGUACUGCCACUCCUGAUUGGUUAGCGCUCUGUUAGAUUAAGUGCCUCUGGCACUCUGGCCACUUGGGAAGACUGCUCAGCCAGAAGUGCUGCCAAGAGGACCAUUUUGGAGCCAUGACAGGGGAUUUAAAUGACGAAAGACAAGGGCAGACACAUGCGCAGUACAACAAAAAAGCCGACUUCUGCGUUAAGCCGCUAGAAGAAAAAAGAAGCAGGAAGAUGAUCGCUCCGUGGGGCUCGCUGGAAAAACCUCGGGUUUUGCUAGUCAUCUGACUGGCUUUCUCUGAAUCGGAUUUCGGAUGACUAGUGGAACAUCUUCAAGAGAAAACACAGCAAGUCCAGUUAAUUGGAUUCAUUACUGUAGUUAUAAAUAAGUUUAUAAAAAGUCUUUUCAUCUUUCCAGCUUUAGAGUAUCUCCUUGUAUAUGAAGUUUCACAUUGUUGAAGAGUGAUCCUGUACAUCUCUUUCAUAUUGCUGUGUGUUUUCUAUUUAGAUUUAUCAUUUAAACUUUGCUCUAUUUUAGCAGCUCUUCCUUGAAAUUUGUUAAAUUAUUUAUAUUUUGCUGGUCAGUUCCCUUAGAACUGAAUGUGGAUAAAACUAGUGGUGUGUAAAAUGGGA